UAAGGCAAAGGAUAAAUUUUCGUUUCUUCUUCUCUUUGUUUGAGGUCUGGUUCCGCAUAAAGUUCCCAAUAUCGAAUCGCAUUGUUUCGGUUAACGGUUAACAAAUACUUUAGGCUUAUGUUGAACUCAAGGCAUGCCUGCAGUAUUAUUUCUGGAAUACCCUAUCUUACCCCUCUCAGCAUAUUGCACCUACUUAUUAAAUGGAACAUGAGCUGUACCUUAAACCUUAUUCUCCUGUAAACACAAUAUGAGAAACAUAGAAAUGGCAUGCCUGACAUACACAAUCUAAAGGUGUGCAAAGUACAAAAUGUGGUGAACGCACGGAAUUUCCAACAGUUACUUUUGAACCAUGGCUUGGUUUAUAAUUAUUCUUCUUUGGCUUGGGAGUUCAAGGGCUCAGUUUUUGAACAUAACCAGCCAAACUGAACCAGACUUAGAGGAAAGAUUGUUUGGUCUUCUCCAAAGAUUGCAAACGGAGAAAAUUUACGACACCCUAUUGAUUUAUGGACGGGAAUGCGCUUUUCUUUCUUUAUCCCGUCGAUUACAAGUCCCGACAGUGCUGGUUUCUUCGGGUAGCACCAACUUCGAGUGGAAUUUCAGUAGCCUAACACUUAUACUGAGUUGUGAGUUUCAAGCAGAGAGAGAGAAGAACUAUCGCACAUUAAUGAAGCUGCAACUAGCCAGGCGCCUAAUUCUUCUGCGUGGAGAUUUUCAACCGGAGACAGUAUGCGACUUUUAUUCGGAAAAGGAUCAAUAUAAUAUAGCAAUGGUAAAAGAAAACUUUGAUCAAUUCGGGGUAGUAUACUCCUGUCGCCUAUUUCAAGAUCAAAACUACGAUAAAAUUAAUCUCUUGGAAGGUAAACCGAUUUUCAUAGAACAAUUUAGAAACAUGUAUGGAGCGCCGAUCAGAACAUUCCCAGAUGUGUCACCACCUGGAUGCAUGGCGUACCGGGAUCCCAAAACUGGCGAGGAAAAGUAUAUUGGUUUUGUGGCCGAUUUGCUGAACAACUUCGUUACGAAGGUGAAUGCUACCCUGUCAAUGCAGAUGGAAUUGGCUGAGAACGCAGAAGAACUAUCUUUUGUAAAUAUUACGAAUUGGGCAGCGGAUGAUCUUCUGGAUAUUGGCAUGAGCGAAGCCCUCUCCUCUAGAAUGUCGAACUUUGAUUCAAUGUCUUAUCCGUACCUGAUGAGUUCCUUUUGCUUUAUGAUUCCUCUUCCGGAUAAAAUGCCUUUCAGUGACAUCUACAUGGCGAUCGUGGCUCCACCAGCCCUGAUAGUGCUUUUUAUAAUAUUCUGUAUUAUCUCGGUGAUGCUGAUCUACAUCCAGAAAAAAUCCUGGCGAGCUCUAAGUGUGACCAGCGUCCUUCUGAACGACAUCUGUGUGAGGGGAUUUUUGGCUCAACCGUUUCCUUUUCCCCGUCAUUCGAGCAGAAAACUGAAACUGAUUUUUAUGAUUAUCUGCUUCUGUAGUGUAAUUACCACCACUAUGUAUGUGGCUUACCUACAGGCUUUUCUAUGGGCUCCACCAGUUGAUCCGCUUAUGACUUCCUUCGCGGACGUAGAGAAAUCCCGGUACAAGAUGGCCAUAACCAUUUACGAUGUAGAUGCUGUGAAUUCUUUGAACGUCAGCAAGGAGCAGGUCGUGGUCCUUGAAUCCAGCAAAUUCUACGAUUUUAGAGGCACUUUUAAUGACAAAUAUAUCUACCCGGUGACCGCAGUUCGCUGGGCGACCUUCGAGAAGCAACAGGAUAACUUUGCAUAUCCACUGUUCUACUACUCAGAAACACUUUGUGUAAAUUAUUUUGAUAUCUUAGGCUAUCCCAUAAGACGUUUUUUGCCAUACCGCGAUCUCUUCGAGGAGCACAUGCUGCGACAGAAGGAGUUCGGCUUAACGAAGCUCUGGCUCGAUAGAAGUUUCUGGGAUAUGUUAAGAUUAAAUUAUUCAUCACUUGAAGAUUUCAGUCCGCCUAUUCCCGAUGAUUACAUCGAAGUACACAAUCUAUACUGGGUUUUUUGCCUGUACUUUGCUGGAUUGGCCCUCGCUUGCAUUUGUUUUAUCCUGGAGAUUUUAACCCCUCUGAGGCGCUGGAGAUUUAGAAUUCUUAAGCGAUAAAGGAUCACGAAUUAAUAAGUAAAUCUCCUCAGCUUUUCUUUAAUAUUUGC